AAAAAAAGGGAAAGCCAAGCCAACAGCCAACGGAGGCAAAUACAGUUGCUGCAAAGCAAAGGGGGCCGCGGGUAGUAAAAUAGCAACAGUCUACACAAGGAGAGAGACUCCAGAGAGUCGAAAAUGACUUCUCCGUCUCCAGUCUCCUCAAGCGCUUCCCCACUGCAACGCCUCUCCACCUUCAAAACCUCCACCCCAACGUCCACGGCAACCCCAACCACCGCCACCGCAUCCCCCCUUGACACAUUGGCCUCCGACCCCAUCUUCUCCGUCUUCCUCUCCUCCUCCUUCUCCUCCACCGACUUCUCCUCCGCCGCCCUCACCUCCGGCUCCCCCGCCUCCACCGCUGAGAAGCUCCAGAACGCCAUCCGCCUCCUCGAGUCCCAGCUCCGCUCCGAGGUCCUCUCCCGCCACGACCACCUACUCUCCCAGCUCUCCUCCCUCCACCACGCCGACCACGCCCUCUCCACCGUCCGAUCCUCCGUCCUCUCCCUCCAGUCCUCCCUCCGCCGCACCCGAUCCGAGCUCUCCGACCCCCUUACCUCCAUCCGCACCCUCACCGUCCAGCUCCAGAACCUCCACACCUCCUCCGACCUUCUCCACCACUCCAUCAGAGCGCUUCGUCUCUCCAGUAAGCUCCGCUCUCUGGCGUCGGACGACCCCGAACGCCUGGAUCUCGCCAAGGCCGCUCAGCUACAUUGCGAGAUCUUGGCACUCUACAACGAAUAUGACCUCGCUGGCAUUGACGUAGUCGAUGCCGAGCUCGAAUGGGUCAGAGAGACCGGAGACAAGUUGCGCAAUGAGGCGAUGCGGGUUUUGGAGAGGGGGAUGGAGGGUUUGAACCAGGCCGAGGUGGGGACUGGGUUGCAGGUGUUUUACAAUUUGGGGGAGCUGAGACAGGCUAUUGAUCAGUUGAUUAACAAGUACAAGGGUAUGGGGGUAAAGAGUGUGAGUGUGGCAUUGGAUAUGAAGGCCAUUUCCGGGUCGGGGGGAGGCGGGUUUGGGCCGGGUGGGAUCAGAGGGGGCGGUGGGACGCCGCCGAUUGGGGGCGGGGCCAAGGCGGGGGGGGCCAAGGCGAGGGAGGCGAUUUGGCAGAAGAUUGGGAGUUGUAUGGAUCAACUGCAUUCAAUCAUGGUAGCAGUGUGGCACUUGCAGAGAGUGCUGUCUAAGAAGCGUGACCCGUUUACUCAUGUGUUGCUGCUCGAUGAGGUUAUUCAGGAAGGUGAGCCCAUAAUAACAAAUAGAGUGUGGGAGGCCCUUGUAAAGGCUUUUGCCAACCAAAUGAAGUCUGCUUUCACUGCAUCAAGUUUUGUUAAAGAGGUAUUCACUAUGGGGUAUCCAAAGCUUUUCUCAAUGAUAGAUAAUCUUCUUGAAAGAAUUGCACGUGACACAGACGUCAAGGGGGUUUUACCGGCUAUUACUUCAGAGGGAAAAGAACAACUGGUGUCAGCUGUUGAAAUAUUCCAGACAUCAUUCUUAGCACACUGCUUGGGUCGUCUGUCAGACCUUGUGAAUACUGUAUUUCCAGUGUCCAGCCGUGGAAGUGUGCCCUCUAAAGAACAUAUCUCAAGAAUCAUAACACGGAUUCAAGAAGAAAUAGAAGCUGUUCAGUUGGAUGGGCGAUUGACUCUUCUUGUAUUGCGUGAAAUUGGCAAGGUUCUUCUCCUGCUUGCUGAACGGGCUGAAUACCAGAUAUCAGCUGGUCCUGAAGCACGUCAAGUCAGUGGUCCUGCAACUCCAGCACAACUCAAGAACUUCAUUUUAUGUCAGCAUCUCCAAGAAAUUCAUACACGCGUAUCAUCUAUAAUUACAGGACUGCCCGCUAUUGCUUCAGAUGUAUUGUCUCCCUCAUUAGGUGCCAUAUAUGGGGUUGCCUGUGACUCAGUGACAACCUUAUUUCAAGCGAUGCUUGACCGUCUUGAGUCUUGCAUCUUGCAAAUUCAUGAGCAGAAAUUUGGUGUGCUAGGCAUGGAUGCUGCUAUGGACAACAAUGCGUCACCUUACAUGGAGGAUUUGCAGAAGUGCAUUCUUCACUUCCGGAGCGAGUUCCUGUCUAGGCUGUUGCCUUCAAAAACUGCAACUGCCGGAGCAGAGACCAUAUGCACUAGGCUUGUUAGGAGCAUGGCUGCGCGGGUUUUAAUAUUCUUUAUCAGGCAUGCUUCUCUUGUCAGACCUCUUUCAGAAUCAGGGAAGCUAAGGAUGGCUAGGGACAUGGCUGAGCUUGAAUUAGCUGUAGGUCAAAAUUUGUUCCCAGUGGAGCAACUUGGUGCACCAUACAGAGCCCUUCGCGCAUUUCGACCUCUUAUUUUCUUGGAGACAUCCCAACUUGGAGGAUCUCCUCUUCUUCAAGAUCUACCACCUAGCGUCAUACUUCACCAUCUUUACUCCCGAGGUCCCGAUGAAUUGCAGUCUCCACUGCAAAGGAACAAACUAACACCUCUGCAGUACUCAUUGUGGCUAGAUUCUCAAGGAGAGGAUCAGGUCUGGAAGGGUAUCAAAGCAACACUAGAUGACUACGCCACACAUGUGAGGGCCCGAGGAGACAAAGAGUUCAGCCCUGUCUAUCCUCUAAUGAUUCGACUAGGAUCAUCUUUGACCGAAAAUGCUCCUGCAACCCAACAGCCUUGAUGUCCAGUGUACCUCAUGUAAGGAUUUAGGUCUAUACUCAACAUUUUUGAUAGGUUAAUGUGGGGUUAGCAGCUGAUCAACUCUGCAGGACAGCAGCAGCACUCCAGUUCAUUAUAAUUUGGUUUUGUAUCCAUUCUUUCUCCUUCUCACCUUUCUAUUUGUGGUGAUAUUGUUCUCUCUUUCAUGUAAAUUAAAUAGAUACACAUAGUAAAUUGUACCGUGACAUUUUGCUCUCACAUCGUAUGAACCUUUUGUUUCUUCAAUACAUUUUUACACAAUUUUUGGUGGUGA